AUGUCGUCGUCAGCCGAAGCCGAGAGCGCCGCCGCGGCUACCGAGAGGUUCCAGCGCCAUGACUCCCUGUACGGCGACGCCGAGAAGGUCACCAACGGCAAGCACCACGGCUCCGGGGAUAGCUGGGUGCAGACGCUGAUGCUGGCGUUCCAGAGCAUCGGCGUGGUGUACGGCGACAUCGGGACGUCGCCGCUGUACGUGUACUCGAGCACGUUCUCGGACGGCAUCCGGCACCCUGACGACCUCCUCGGCGUCCUCUACACCCUCAUCCUUAUCCCCAUGCUAAAGUACGUCUUCGUCGUCCUCCACGCCAACGACAACGGCGAUGGUGGAACGUUUGCGCUCUACUCGCUGAUAUCGCGGUACGCCAAGAUCAGGAUGAUCCCAGACCAGCAGAGCGAGGACGCAACGGUCUCCAAUUACAGGGUGGAGGUGGCCAGCUCGCGGCUGCUGAGAACCUUGAUGCCAGCAAUCUCGGAUGGCUCGCUAACCUCUCAAGGGGCUCCUGUUGUCGUUUUUGCUACAGCGGAGGUGGUGUGGAUCUCGGUGGCCAUACUGUUCCUUCUCUUCUCGGUGCAGCGCUUCGGCACCGACAAGGUGGGCUACUCCUUCGCGCUCAUCAUAUCUGUGUGGUUCGUCCUCAUCGCCGGCACUGGGAUGUACAACCUCGCCGUGCACGAUGCCACCGUCCUCGGCGCCUUCAACCCCAUGUACAUUGUCGACUACUUCAGGAGGAACGGAAAGGAGGCAUGGGUCUCGCUUGGGGGUGUCGUCCUCUGCAUCACAGGCACGGAAGCCAAGUUUGCGGAUCUCGGCCAUUUUAACAUCAGGGCCAUUCAGAUCAGCUUCACAUGCAUCCUCUUCCCCUCGGUGGCGCUAUGCUACAUGGGCCAGGCGGCCUACCUGCGAAAAUUCCCUGAAAACGUUGUCGACACCUUCUACAAGUCCAUCCCAGCGCCCAUGUUCUGGCCGGUGUUCCUGGUGGCGAUCCUGGCGGCCAUCAUCGCGAGCCAAGCCAUGCUGUCGGGCGCGUUCGCCAUCCUGUCCAAGGCCCUGUCCCUGGGCUGCUUCCCACGGGUGGAGGUGGUGCACACCUCCAGCAAGUACGCGGGCCAGGUGUACCUCCCCGAGGUGAACUUCCUGAUCGGCGCCGCCAGCGUGGCCGUCACGCUGGGGUUCCAGACCACGGCCAACAUCGGCAACGCGUACGGGAUCUGCGUGGUGACCGUGUUCUCCAUCACCACGCACCUGCUGGCGGUGGUGAUGCUGCUGGUGUGGCGCGCGCACCCGGCGCUGUCCGCCGUCUUCGGCCUCGUCGAGUUCCUCUACCUCUCCUCCAUCCUCUCCAAGUUCGCCGAGGGCGGGUACCUGCCCUUCUGCUUCUCACUGGUGCUCAUGGCGCUCAUGGCGGCGUGGCACUACGUCCACGUCCUGCGCUACUGGUACGAGCUGGACCGCGCGGUGCCAGCUGCCGAGCUGGCGGCCGUGCUGGCGCGCCGCGACGUGCGCCGGGUGCCCGGCGUCGGGCUGCUCUACUCGGAGCUGGUCCAGGGGAUCCCGCCCGUGUUCCCGCGUCUGGUGGACAAGAUCCCCUCCGUGCACGCCGUCUUCGUCUUCGUGUCCAUCAAGCACCUCCCUAUCCCGCGGGUGGCGGCGCCGGAGCGCUUCAUCUUUCGCCGCGUCGGCCCCGUGGACCACCGCGUGUUCCGCUGCGUGGCGAGGUACGGCUACACGAACCCGAUGGAGGGGCACCGGGAGUUCGUCGCCUUCCUCCUGGACCGCCUCAAGACGUUCGUCCAGGAGGAGGCCGCCUUCGCCGCUAGCAGCGGUUCAUCGGCGGCGGUGGCGGAGGAGGAGCAGCGGUUCAUCGACGCGGAGGCGGAGCGCGGGGUGGUGUACCUGAUGGGGGAGGCCACGGUGACGGCAGCGGCGGGGUCGUCGCUACUGAAACGGGUGGUGGUGAACAGCGUGUACGGCUUCCUACGGAAGAAUCUCCGGGAGAGACACAAGGCGCUGUCCAUCCUCAAGGACCAGCUGCUCAGGGUCGGCAUCACCUACGAGAUCUGA